AUGUACACUCAUUCUCAACCUAUGAACGUUCACAGUCAGAUCGCUUCUCCCGGCGUCGACGACGACGUGGCCCCCGCCGAUUCCAUCGACCACCACCAUCACAUUCACUACGAAGACGGCACCCCCACCGUCGUUGUCGAUGACGUCUCUCCCGAAUCCGUCUACGUCACCGCCGGUGUCGCUGCGUCGGAACUCGGGAUUCAGCCUAGUGAUGGUUCGAGUCAGCUCACCUUGACAUUUCGUGGACAAGUUUAUGUUUUUGAUUCCGUUACUCCCGAUAAGGUUCAAGCUGUGUUAUUAUUACUGGGAGGAUGUGAAUUAACUCCUGGUCUGGAAAUGACACCUCAAAACCAAAGGGGUGUGGUGGACUACCCGCCACGAUGUACUCAACCUCAGCGAGCGGCUUCAUUAAGUAGGUUCCGGCAGAAGAGAAAAGAGCGGUGCUUUGAUAAGAAAGUUAGAUAUAGCGUCCGUCAGGAGGUUGCACUCAGGAUGCAACGGAAUAAGGGUCAAUUUACUUCUGCCAAGAAGUCUGAGGGAGGAUAUGGCUGGGAUGGUGGUCAGGAUUCAGGACUAGAUGAUAACCAACAAGAAACCUCGUGUACGCAUUGUGGCACUAAUUCAAAAUCCACCCCAAUGAUGCGGCGUGGUCCAUCUGGUCCAAGGUCUCUUUGCAAUGCCUGUGGGCUUUUUUGGGCAAACAGGUGUAGCCUGUCGCUGUUGAUUAUGGUUGGAACUUUAGAUAUGUUGUGCCACCUUGCCAUUGAUGAAAUAAUUAAUGUGAAGGUGUUUAGUUUGAUUAAGGAUGGAUUGAUAACGAGAUACACAUAUUUUGUUAUGUCGGUGAGGAUGGAGUGGACCAUGGAGGUUCAUCAUUGGCUGAGAUCAUCAGUGAUACCAUAUAAUGGUUGGAGGUUGGCCUGCCUGCAUCCUUGUGGAACUCUGAGAGAUCUCUCCAAGAAAACCCUGGAUCAUUCUUCGACUCCAAUUGAACAGGUUGAAACUGAAGCCAAUGAUUCAGACUCUGGAACUGCCAUUGAUACACACAAUCAUCUUGUUACUUACGCAAAUGGUGGUGAUACAGCAUUGAUAACAGAGCAUUGA